CGAGCGCUGCGCUCGCUCGUCGUUUGGCUCGCCGCGAAAGGCUAGGGAAGCGAUGGUAAUAUACGUUGCGGCGGCUAAUCAGGGUCAACCAGGAGGACUUAAAAGCAGGCAGGUGCAACGGAUACUCCCUAGCUCUCGAGCUACCCACUUCGUUCACUUGCAUCUUCACCGAGUCGCAUCUUCGCCGAGUCGCAUCUUCACCGAGUCGUAAUGCGUGCCAACGUCCUCCUCGCCUUCGUUCUCUCCGCGGUCUCCGCUGCACCUGUUUUGGCCCUCCCGGUCGACGUUUCGGACCUCUCUGUGCGAGACGCCGGCCUCUACGUCCGCGAGCCGAUGCCCAUCGUUGCUGACCGCGAUAUGGUGAAGCCGCCGCCUGUCAAGGGCCCCGGUAACGGCGAACCUGACCAUCACAAGCGAGAGGACGACCACGAUCAUCACCCGACGCACGUCGUUCCUCGUGGACCCGUCAAGACUCCUGCGAAGGGUCCCAACGGCGGGCCCAACCAGAACCCCAAACGCGAGGACGAUCACGACCAUCAUCCGACGCAUGUGGCGGCUCGCGGUCCCGUCAAGACCCCCGCGCAGGGUCCGGGUGGUGAGCCCAACCAUAGCCCAGGCAACCCCAAGCGCGAGGACGAUCACGGCCACCACCCAACGCACGUCACUGCUCGCGAUGCAGUCAAGACACCCACGAAGGGCCCGGGAAACGGCGAGCCUGAUCACCCCAAGCGCGAGGAGGAUCAUGACCACCACCCGACGCACGUCGCGGCUCGCGGCCCUGUCAAGACGCCUACGAAGGGCCCGGGGAAUGAUGUCCCUAACCACCACAAGCGGGAGGACGAGCAUCACCCGACUCACGUCGUUGCUCGUGGCCCUGUCAAGACCCCCAUCCGGGGUCCUGGGGGUGCUGAGCCCAACCCGAAUCCCAAGCGCGAGGACGACCACGACCAUCACCCGACUCACGUCGCUGCUCGUGGUCCCGUCAAGACGCCUGUGAAGGGCCCGGGAAACGGCGAGACUGACCACCCCAAACGUGAUGACGAUCACAAGCACAAGGACGAGCCGACUCAUGUCGCUGCGCGUGCUCCUGUCAAGGCUCCCACCAAAGUUCCUGGCGGUGGGCCCGAGCACAGCGACGAGCCGGAGGGCGCUCAGCUUAAUUGAGAAGGCGGCUGAGAGCUCAUAGAUGACAUGGACUCGGACUAAUGGAUACGGACUACAAAGUUUGACUCA